AUGCAUGUGACAAAGCCAUCGAGUCCCUCUGAGAUAGUGGAGGGCAGUUCAGUGACUCUGACCUGUAGCAGUGAUGCUAACCCAGCAGCUAACUACACCUGGUACAAGAAGAACCAACCACGUCCUCAUGGAGAAGGAGACAUCUAUCGUUUCACCUCCAUCAGCUCUGAGGACAGAGGGAUCUACUACUGCAAGGCUGAGAAUAAACAUGGAGAGAUCAACUCUUCAUCUCUAUUUUUAAAUGUUCAGUAUGGUCCAAGGCUUCCCUCUGUGUCAGUGAGUCCCUCUGAGAUAGUGGAGGGCAGUUCAGUGACUCUGACCUGUAGCAGUGAUGCUAACCCAGCAGCUAACUACACCUGGUACAAGGAGGAUGAAGACUCACCAACAGCAUCAGGACAGAUCUUCAUCAUCAAUGACUUCAGAGCUGAACACAGUGGGAGUUAUUCCUGUGAAGCCCAGAACAACAGAGGACGUAGUAACUCCACCUUCCAUCUGACUGUAGCAGGAGCAUGGAGAUUAAUAACGGUCGCCACAGUUCCUGUGUUUUUUCUCGCCAUCGUACUCGUCUCUGGCUUCCUCUGGAUCAUAAAGAAGAGGUCCUCCAAGCAACCACCUGAGAGCCCGGACACCGGGGAACAGAUGCAACCAGCAGGGCCGGAGGACGGACUUCACUACGCCAGUGUCCUCUUUUCCAAAAAGCAGAGGGAUCCCGUCUACUCCAACAUCGGUUCGGCUCCGCCCGGACGACCCGAACGGGAAACGAAGGAAGAGGAACAGGAAGAGACUGUCGUCUACGCCGCCGUGACAUUUAACGCCGCGGCCUCAAGAACCAGAGGUCAGGAAGCUGCGGAGGAUCCGGCUGGGUUGUACAGUACAGUCAACGAAAAGAGGAAUCUCUAGUCUACUUUUUAAUCUUCGAUGAAAGGAAACCACAUCAUGUUUUAUUUAAAACUAUUCCUCAGGACAGGCUUGUCCAAAAAUAGAACUUCUUACUACUUAAAGAGAAAGAAGGAGAAUUUUGAGGAACUUUCCUGAUGUUCGUGGAUUGGUAAAGAUACAUUGUAGCAACAUUUUCAACAUCAACAAAAUAAAAUUUGCAAAAAAGCCCUUUUCAUUCUAAUUUUAAAAGCAGAUUUGUGUACUCUUUUCAAACGUAUUUUGGUAUUCGUUGUUUACAGUGCUCUGGUGGUUUUAUGAAGCCCGCUAUACUUCCCAAUUGCAUUCUGAUGUUGUUAAAUAGUGUAUUUAUAGACCAGACAUUAAUCUACUGUGGGUUUUUUUUUGUAACCACAAACUCAACAAGCGUGAGGUGACAAAACACAAGAAGUGGCAUCACUUGGCUACACUUCCUGUUUGAGGGGAGGUGUGGAUACAGCAGUCAUCAUUUCACCAUGGAAACUAAAGGACGUGACAUAUGACGGUGAUCUCCAGUCUAAAGUUGGUUUACCGGUCCAGUGUAACAUCAGUGGUGGUUAGGAAUGUACCGAUACCUCUUUUUAGAGGUACAAGUAUUUACAUUUGUGUACUUGUCCAUACGAGCACCAGUAUGAGUACUUCAUAUUACCGUGACAGUUCUUACGAUGGCUUUGAACUUUCAUUGAACAAAACACAGGAGCAGCUUGUCACUUAAAGUUGAAUAAAGAAUAUCUAGUCCACCUUAAAACUCAUCCCACCACAAGUGUGCCUGAGCUGAUCAAAUAUCAUAAUUUAGCCUCAGGUGUUGUCAAAGGGACCCAAAGACCUCACAGGUGAUACCGACUGCAGCUUGUGUGUGAUUGGCAAGUUAAAAUGUAUUUUUUUAUUAAAGCCUGCUUUCAACAAUUCUUGUUUCUUUUUGUUGACAGUUGAAGACAUAUGCAAAGGGAAUUUUGCAUAUGUCUUUGUA